UGAUCGCUAAGAGUGUUGGCAGUAUUGGCGUAUUUUGCUCAGGAGAGGGCAACGAGGCAGAAAAACUACCUCUUGUGAUUAACGUAGAUGGCGACAUUAUUGUAUCCACUUUAUGAGUUUAUAUGCAGGCUAUCUCAACCAAUCACUCUUAAACUGACGUCUUUGUUAAUGCAAUGCAGCGAGUGAGGUCAUGUACCAGGUGUGUCACUGGCAUUUGUUUUAAUUGAUUCCGUGUGCCACUAGUCAUUCCUUCUGUGUCAGUAGUCUACGUGUGGGGCGAGUGUUUUGCAUGUGUUGUGUGAGUGAUGGGUUGUGUGUGAAAGCAGGACACACUGAUGCUUUGCCAGUAAUUUCCACGAUGUCCCGAUGCGCUCAUUGGUGCGUCCCUCCAACGUGUCACCAGUUUUGGUGGAUUACCCCAGAUAUCUUCACCAUCGGGAGGGUGAAACACCAUUCCUUUUUCUCAGCUCUUGUCUUCACGGUGCUGUCAACAAGGACCUCUGACAACUUUUUUUUGAAACUUAUUACUUCCAAAGAGACAACUCAGGAAAAAAAGGAUUUGAAGAUUUGGAUUUGUUCUUUUACGCACGCCUAGCACAGAAAUGCAUUUAUUUACUUCAGAGUCGAGGAUGACGCAGUCUUUUGUACUUCCAGCGUUUCUGUUUUUUGCACACUUGCUGAUGCAGGGUCUCUGGGUCAGUGGCUCCCUUGGCUGCGCGUCCUGUGGUAUGCCUGCGAUGGAGAAAGACGCAGAAGAAAGGCUGAUGAUAGAAUUCGCCAAGCAGCAACUUUUGGACAAGCUGCACCUGAAAGAGAGACCAAACAUCACUCAGACGGUGCCCCGGGCAGCGCUCCUCAUUGCACUGCGCAAACUGCAUUCGGGGAGCGUCAGACAGGAUGGUACUCUUGAACUAGCAAACAGUAGGCCUAUACCUACCAACGACCAAGGCUAUGAAAUAGUGAGCUUUGCAGAUCUAAAUGAGACAGAGAUUGGUGAUGCAGCCAGCCUCAGUCUUACCUUCCAGUUUCUGCAGGAACGUGGCCAAAGUAUGCAGGUGCUCCAGUCUUCUCUGUGGAUCUACGCCCGCUCCUCUGAGGACCCUCAUCGAGACUCCCGCCUCUCUGCCCAGGUCUUCCUCUCUGCAGAAGGUGGGUUGUCAGGCUCUAACCGCACCCUGGUGAUGGAAAAGAUGCUGGAGGUCCAAGAGAGUAGCUGGCACACCUUCCCCAUCACCCGCACCCUGCAGGCCUUCCUGGAUGGCGGCCAGCGCCGGCUGCAGCUGGAGGUCAGCUGCGAUGAAGAUGGGAAGAACCUUUGCUCCCUGGAUGGUUCUGAUACCCCCAACCAGCCCUUCCUGGUUGCCCAGGUGCAUCUCCGUGAUGACCACUCCAAACACAUACUUAAAAAGCGCUCGUUGCGUUGUGGUGACGAUGUAAGCGUGUGCUGCAAGAGAGACUUCUACAUCAAGUUCAAGGAUAUCCAGUGGCAUGACUGGAUCAUUGCUCCUGAAGGCUACCAUAUGAACUAUUGCAUGGGUCAGUGCCCCCAACAUCUGGCUGGCUCUCCAGGUAUAGCAUCCUCAUUCCAUGCCACUGUCUUCAGCCAGCUGAAAGUCAACGGCAUAAACACAGCUGCAUCUUCAUGCUGUGUUCCCACUGAGCGCCGGCCACUCUCCAUGGUGUACUUCAACUCCCAGCACAGCAUUGUCAAAACGGAUGUCCCUGAUAUGAUAGUGGAGUCCUGCGGAUGUACAUAAAUGACAGAGUAUGAAAGACAUGGCAUAGUUAACAUUGAUUUGUUUCUUCACAGGAGAAUUAUGUGUGUAGACAGACAGAAAGAUAACACACAAGAACAGAGCAGGUGAAGUAUUUUUAUAUAUAUAGUUUGGGACAACCAACUCUA